UGGAAAUAGUGUUGCUGCAGAUAAUCUGUAAGCUCAUAUGUGGCUAUGAUCUAUAUAUAAAGACACAAGGAAAUUAAGUAAAUAUUAAGUAAUUCAUCAUUCAUAAGCACAGCGUAAGCAGUUGGCGACACUCAUCAGACACACGGUGGAUUAGAACAGUUAUGUUAUUGAAAUAAGUAUGCAAGAGUCUCGACCACACUGGACACGCUCGCCGUAACAAUUAUAUAAUUAAGCGAAUUCAAUGUGAACGAACGACCAAAACAAAAGGAGCGAUCAUACAAAUAGUGCGCGACUAAAGCCUGCCACCAUUCUAAACGAUGGUAGCAAGCUAGCAAAUGCGCACGCGACAACAGCAGCAGCAACAUGAAAACCGAUCUCGAUGUCGAUGUUGCAUUAUCAGACGACAGCAGCAAAAAUCCAACGUCGCCGGUGCCACUUGCAACAGCAACAGCUGUCCGUGGCAGCCAUGCGAAUAUAUUUUUGAGGCGCUUCUUUGGCGCCUUCCAGUGGGAGGAGUUCGCCUGCGGCUGUGGCUCCGCGUUUGUCAACAUCUCCGUCACAUAUCCCAUAUAUAAGAUUAUUUUUCGUCAAAUGUUGCAUGGUGUCCCAAUUGGUUCUGCCCUGCUGCAACUGCGACAUGAAGGUCUUGGAUUUCUUUAUCGCGGCAUGCUGCCGCCGCUGGCACAAAAAACCAUCUCGCUGUCGAUUAUGUUUGGCAUCUUUGAUGGCACACGCAGAUACCUCGUCGAAGACUAUCGCCUCAAUGAUUAUGGGGCUAAGAUAAUUGCAGGACUCGUUGCUGGCAGUGUUGAGUCCAUUUUAUUACCAUUUGAGCGCGUUCAAACAUUGUUGGCCGACUCGAAAUUCCAUCAAUAUUUCUCCAAUACGCAAAAUGCGUUUAGAUAUGUAGUCAGCAAUUAUGGAUAUCGGGAACUAUACAGGGGCAUUGAGCCAGUCAUUUGGCGCAACGGAUUAUCGAAUGCAUUAUUCUUCAUGAUGCGCGAAGAGGCCAGUACUCGCCUACCAAAGAGGAAAUCGGUGUCGAGCAGAACUGCACAAGAAUUUAUGGCUGGAGCCGUGAUCGGAGCCAGCAUCAGCACAUUGUUUUAUCCGCUGAAUGUGAUCAAAGUGUCGUUGCAGAGCAGCAUGGGCCAUGUGUCGGAGGGCAGCUGGCAGGCGUGCAAGCGGAUUUAUCGUGAGCGAGACAGUCGCAUUGGUAACUUUUAUCGCGGAUGCGCUUUCAAUACGGGCCGCUCCUUUAUCAGCUGGGGCAUCAUGAAUUCGGCGUACGAGAACCUCAAGAAGCUGAUGAGUCAACCACGAUUGCAGCAGCAGCAGCAGCAGCUGGUGGCAGUGUCGAAGGGGGACAAGUAGGAGGAAGACUUAAAUGCUGACGUUAACUAUAUAUAUAUAUAUAUACGUUUAUAUGAAUGCUAUGAUGUAUUACGUAAUACACGUGAACCAGACUAAGCUAAACUAAAUUCGUAAGCUAAUUUGUAUACAGAAAAAUGUUUCCUUCUGCCUUUAAUUAGCAAAUUGUUCGUUUUAAGACAUAAUUAAGUGGUUUGCGUUCAGAGUGCCAUGUUUUAAGCACUCCAUGUAUGUCCUCAUACAUGAAAAAGCUGAAAAAUAAUAUGUUCGUAUAUCAUGCCUACAUAAAAGUAUUUGUGGCAAGUGCAUAUAGACUGCAAAAACUGAACUUUUAUUUGAGUAAGCCCGAAACAAAGUCAGUUUUCUUCUUUUUCUUUUUCUUUUUUUUCCUUUUCUUUUUGUUAAUUUAACCAACGAGAUCGCAAUAAUAAUUGUGUGGCUUGGCGUGAGUACAAUAAUUGUGAGCAUUUAAACAACCCAAAAAAAACCAAACACAAUUAGUUAAUUAUUAACACAUAGAUGUCAGAUAUAUAUAUAUAUAUAUUAAUAAGAACAUGACUUAAUUAUGUUGUUACUGUAUAUACACAUAUAUAUACUUGCGUGAUGUUUACGAAAUUAAUAAAAUUAUUCGAUGUAUUAAAAAAUGUGUUUAUGUAUAAAUUAUGAAUUUGUAUACAAUAACUAUGCAAAAACAUUAUUGUCUGGAAAUCUGAUAAUAAAAACACAUCCCAUCAU